CCGGGGAGUGCCAGUACCAGUACCAGUUCGACUGCCAGUACCAGGUGCUGGCAGACAAACAGGCGUACAAUGGCCAACGGAUGGACAAACGCAACCAUUUUGGAAUAAUAAUGCAGCGGCAUAAGCAAACUGUGCGCCCAAAGAGGUGAGAACAUAAUGUAAAGACACUGCCGCAGUGGGAGUGGGCGUGCGCCAGAGCAGGACGGCGAGAGUGCACCCAAACCGGUUGUGGCCGCUGGCCAAUCAGCGGUCGCGAGGCGUUACGCAGCGACGCCGACGCCGACUGCGCAGCGGCGAGGCUGGAGAAGAGGAAGCACACGGGGCGACUAACGGCAACUGGUUUCCAUUUGGCCUCAGUUGGAUUUCUGCAGCGCGUACGUGCGGGUGUUCUGUGUCGAGCGAGAGAGAGAGAGUUCCAGAGAGAAGGAGAACGAGUGAGCUGUCAGCUGAUCCACGUUACCGUUUUACCGACGCGCAAAUACAAUUCCCAACCGAUUAUUACCGAUACCGAGUGAUCUUUGCAUGUGCCAACACUGAAACACAAGCGAAAGUGAGGUUAUGAGUGCUCCCUAGUGCCAAAUUAGUCUAAACCAAAACCAAAACAAAACACAAACGAGCUGCAGAUGGAAAGCAACGCAUUUGGCAGCAGCCAUUUGCCGUCCCAAGCGCUCGUUGUCCUCUCGGAAGCCGCUUCCGGUCUGCACGAGGCUCUACGUGGACAACGUCCGUUUCCAUCGAGACUACCCGACGCCAAAGAUCUGCACAACAUGUCACUAGUCGGCAACUACUUCAAUCCGCACCUGCUGCUCAACCACGGGAUGCUGGUGGCCAACGGAGCGGCGGCGGCAGCGGCGGCGGCGGGAGCGGGACCGGCCAGCUACUUCGCCAGUGACCGCUCGCCGCUGGGCAAGCCGUCGGUGCUGUCGAACUUCUCGCUGCCGUCGGCCUUCUCGCCGCCCAAGUACAUCGGCAUAUCCCUGGAUCAGAAUCUGUUCAAUGGCAGCGAAUCAUUUCGCACGGACUCGGCCAGCCCCACAUGCACAUCACACGAAUCCAUGGAGGGAUCACAGGAUUACGACGCCGUUGAAAAGGGUGAAAGUCCGCGCAGCAAUAAUUCUCAGGAUCCCAGGGAUUUGAGACAUCUGCAUAAUGCGGGGAAGGGCCACCAGGCACUGGCCACCUCCUCGUCGGCGUCCAGCUCCUCGUCCUCCUCCUGCUCCACCAGCAAUCCGGCCAUCAGUACGGCGACCAGCAGCGUGGCCGUUUCGAUCGCCAGCCACCUGGCCGCCUCCUCGCCGCACCACCACCCCCACACGCACGCCCACUCGCAUCCGCAUCCGCUGGCCCAUCCGCACGCCCACAGCCACCACCACGUGGGUCACCAUGUGGGAGCACCUCCGGUGUCCUCGGCGGUGACGACGCACCACCACAUGGCCCACCCCCAUCCGCUGUCCCACCACCACGCCGCCCACCACGCGGCCUUGGCCAGCUUGAGCAUGGCGGGUCUGCGGGCAGUUCCGGGUGGACUGAGCCUGGUCAGUGGGCUGCAGGCGGCAGCUGCCGGAGGAGCUAUUCCCGAGAUGUGCCCCGUUUGCGGCCUGAAGCUGAGCGCCGAGGAGUGGCACACCCACUUCCUCACCGAACUGGACAGGCUCUACAAGCUGAGUGCGGGAUUCGAGAGGGCCAGUCUGCAGGCCACCUACAUGUUUGCUCCUCCGUGUCCCGCGCAGGAGAACGCCAUUCGCACCAGUCACAACCGCUGGGAGACGUUCCAGAGAAUAAGGAACAAUCGCCAGAACCGCUUGAGACUCAAAGUUCGAAAGCGCAAGUACGGCGAAAUGUACAUGAUGGAGAGUCUUUACUGUAGCAGUUGUCCGAUCUGUAAGAGGAAGUACGCCUUGGAGACGGGGAAGAUUCCUCCAGAGGACGACGCCAAGUCGCAGGAGGAGAUCGAAACGGUGGACGUGGAGAGCUGCAACGACGAAGUGCCCGACUCCGGGUCGGAGCUAGCUGCCCCGGGAUCGGGGUCAUCCGCCACGGUGCUGCCACCCUCCAGUAUGCACAACAGCAACUCGCAGCCGGGCAAGCUGGACGGGAUUCUCUACCGGACGGGCUGUGUGCUCAGCCAGAAGGAUGCGCAUCCCGACGAGCAGGACGUGAGCACCAAUGUGACAACGGCGAGCAGCAGCAGUUGGCCGGGCGAGGUCAACGCACCAACUCAGGCACAUAUCAGUGUAAAAACCGUGAGCGAGCUGUCAUCCACCACUCAUCACUACUACAACGCGGACUCCUGCGGCGUGGGCGUGAACGACACCAACAGCAGCAGCAGCACCCACAACAACGGCGGUGGCAGCAGCAAGGAUCUGAUGAUGGACACGGCCUCGUGCCAGAACGAUAGCGACGAGGACGUGAUUGUGGACGACGACGACACCGUGAAGCUGUCGAGCAAAGUCAGCUAUGCCAAGAUUCAACGUCGCCAGGAGGAGCAGAACGUGGGCAGCAGCAGAUCCCUCGAGAACAUCUCACCUGUGGAGGAGCGACCGCGGUCGGAGCCGCAAGUGAGCAGCACCGAACCGGGACCCAUGGACAUAUCGCACAGCAGCAACAUAAAUAACAACAACAACAAUAACAACAACAGCAGCAGUAACAACAACAACAAUCCGUCGUCGAAAUACACGGAGAGCAUGGAGAACAGCCUGUCGCAGUUGUCUUCGAUGGGCGUGCCGGGAUUAACGCAAUUGGACACAAAGACAGGCAUAAAGGAUCUCAACACGGAUGCGUUCCUGCGCGGCCGUAACUUUUACUUCCACCAGAGCUGUGCCAACGUCAUGAGCAGCUAUCGGCUGAACAAGGAGCUCCUCAACCAGGCCCAGAAUCAGCAGAGGGCGGCCGCCAACGGAACCGGAAGUGGAAGUGCCAGUGGGAAUGGGAACGGGAUCGGGAUCGGGAUGGGGGAUUCGGUCGGCGCCACGGCAACGCCCCGCAGCCUUUCACCUGCCCAGUCUCCGCAGCAGAGUGUUUCCCAGGCCAUGGAGUGAGCGGGAAGGGAUCGGGGGAAUCAGAGGUAUCGGAGGGGUCGAGUCGAUAGUAGCAAUCAAAGCGUGAAUUUAUUAAAUUAAUUAACAUCAUAUUGUACUCGAGGUAGCUGAUGAAGCGCGACGAGCAAGCCGAAGUGGUUAAUGGGGCAUCCCCAAAGUAGGCAACACUUGCUCGGUUCUGCUUCCCCGCCCCCAAAAAGAAAAAAGAGUAUGGAAUCCAAAUGUUUUUGCCCUGUAUAAAUUCUACAUGUAAAAUUCAUUGGCUUUCAUUUUCAUUUUAAAUGGAAUUGGUUCUGUGUAAAAGAAUAUUUUAGUGCAAUUUUUGAGUUGCCUUCUCAACGGUCGUAUUAUAUAUCAGUAUGUAUGUAUUCGUAGUUUCCCUGAACGUGCUAUAAUUGUUAAAUGUUUGAUUGAUAACGAAGCAAACAAUAUACGAUAAAUGAGAAUAAAUUAUCAUCUCUAAGCAAACUAGUUGUAAA